CAGGAAAGUCUGUCUGGCCUUUGGGGGAAAAAAUGGUGCGUUUCAGCCCUUGGCUCUGUCCUGGCUUUCAAGGUGUGACAAGGUGACUGCCGCCUCCAAGAGGUUCUCGGUCCAUCGCGCGCCCAAGGUUCUCACGGUCUGUCUGAAGAGGUUUGAAGCUUUCACCGGCGACAAGAUCAGCAAGGUCGUGGAGUAUCCCCAGUACCUGGAUCUUCGCCCGUACAUGUCUCAGGCAGCCGGAGAACCGCUCCUCUACUCCUUAUACGCCGUCCUGGUGCAUGGAGGUGGCAGCUGCCGUGCAGGACACUACUUCUGCUACAUAAAGGCCAGUGAUGGACUGUGGUACCACAUGGACGACAAGUCUGUGGAUCUUUGCGACAGUGACACAGUCCUCAGGCAGCAAGCCUAUUUACUGUUUUACAUCAGGUGCUCUGAUUUGGAAGUUGGACAAAGGGCUUCUUCCUCACCAGCACCAUCAGAAGCCCGUUCCCUCCUCAGUCAGUGGGCGGCCGGCAGCAAGCAGGUGCGUUCUGUGGGACAGCAGCAUCUGCCCCAUAGGACUAAGGCGGCUGUGGGGAGGUGGUCAGGGCACCAGAUGGACAGCGGGUUUCUUUUGGGGAUCUUGGCAGCGCUCUCUUUUCCCUCCUACACGGCAGCUUUCUGCACAGAUGCAGCACGGCUCCCACUCCCAACAUCCACCUGGAUCCAUCACAUUUGUCCUCCUUGGCUCCUCUGCAGCCUCCAGGAGCCUUUGGGAGGCCAUUAG